AUACUGCAUUACACUUAAAAGAUCUUGACAUAGUUUUUUCAUUGUAUGUGAUCUUUAGCUUUGUGUACAAACUGACUGACUUUGGAGCUGCCAGAGAACUCGCACCUGAACAAGAAUUUAUGUCGAUUUAUGGAACAGAAGAGUAUCUGGUUGGUUCGUUAAUAUGUGCUUAUUUUUUAUUAAGGGACAAUGGCAACAAAAAAUUUUAUUGUCUCAUUCGAAAGAACGUUUAAAAUUAUCUUUAAAAUCUUGUUACAAAUUCUCAUAUCUUGUUUCGUGAAAUAUUUUGACUGAAAGCAAUGAGCUGUCCGCCAUGUUGGGUUAUUGAAGAUAUGCAAAUUUUUUAUCUGCACGGGUGAUCAAAAUGAACCCGAAAUUCAUUUUUGGUUGCUAUUUCAAAUUUCGAAUUGAAUAAAAACAUUUUAAUUAAACAACUUUUGAUUGUUACUCAGUAAAAAUCUGUAACAAGAUUUUAUGUGUUAAACGUUCUUUCAAAUGAGACAAUAAAAAUUUCCGUAGCCAUUGCCCUUUAAGCCGCAGUACACAUACAGCAAAAUUCCGCGUAUAAGCUUUACUACCUGAAUAUUAAGUUGUAUUUCAUGACUCUAAUGUAUCGCACCAUUUUGGUCUGCACUCUAUAAAAAUCAGGAAGAAGUACACUUAAAUUAUUGUUAGACGUAUAUUAGUAUUGGUAAUCGCAUGGGGCCGAGUAAAAUGAAGUACUUUUUCUGGUGUUCAAGUUUUCAUUAGAAGUUUUUAAUUCUUCAAUAACAUCAUUAUCCGCGACGACAAAGCGAGAAGCCAUUGUUUUUAUUGCUAUUUAAUAAGGGUCCGCAGUAAUUGGCUAUGGGCUGUUGCGGUGUCCCUGCCACUUUCUCUUUUUCUUAAGGCACGUUUCUUGCCUUCUGACGUAUGAGUUUGUCUAUAUUGUAACCUAUGUCUAUAUUGUAAUCUAUUCUAUGUUUGGCGAAUCAAAAAUUUUUUUAAAAAAAAGCAAGAAACUUCCCGCGCUUGCGUCUCAGCCAAUCAGGUACAAGUAAUUUUGCCCUAAAUUAAGAAAAAAUGCCCUCCUCAUUAGCCAAUCAUAUUUGACUAAUUUUGCCCUCUAUAUAUAUAUGUGAUUAUACACGGAAUGCAAGUUGGAAACAUGUCGAUGAAAACAUCGAAGUCCUUUGUUGCAUGCAACCGUAACACAGGGGUCUUCCUAAGGCCUCCCAUUUUCUAAAUGAGCUUUAUAUGAAAAUUAGUGAAAAAUUAAGCGCCCAAACAUACCUUUAAGGAGAAAAACAAACAAAUAUCACUCUGAAAACGCAGGAAAUCUAAAAUUAUUCAAACUUUUCUGGGGGAGCAUGCCGCAGGACCCUCCUAGCUAUUCAGGUAUCUAAUACGCCAUGACCUCUUAUCUCGUUACUGCAACACAAUUAGCUUGUGUUCACUACCUCGCAGUCUGUUCUUGUCGAAAUGGGCAGUUCUAAAGGAUGACCCCUGCUGUAGCAUGUUGCUGCAUGAGAGUAAUAUGUAACUUUCAUAUGACAGUAUUCAACUGUUUUAACAUCAUUUCAAUUUACAAAAGUUGCUCAAAAACGGUUGAUUCGCUUUAAAUUAAAAAAUAUAUCCCUUUGAGUGUACCUUCCUUUAUUUUGCUUUCAAUAGAAGACAAAAUGAUUCAUUGACAGUUCAGUUGUGGCUUUAAGGGAAACACAAAUAAUGACUGCAUAGUUCAAUACUUUGACAUGCAUAUAUUUAAUGCUUCCAGCUACUUGUUAUGGUUGAACUGCAAUUUAUUCUGAUGCAACAACAACAGCAUUUUUAUUUUCUACGUUUUCACUAUAUUUUAGUCAUCUUCUGGUAUGAAUUAAAUUACAUGUAUAACAAUGUUGAUACAGUUCCAGUAAGCUCAAUGGAACACCGAUAGUUCACAUGAUGCUUCGAUGCCGUGAUUAAGUUCCGGUUCUUGUUUUCGUAUGGCGAGAUCGUCUUUAAAUAAUAAUAGACCAGUGUUUAGCUUUGUCCACAAUAGAAGAGUUGUUUAAGGGAAUUUGCUUAAGAAAAACGUACUAGGGAAUAAAAAUACUAAGUGGUUCCCGUAAUUUAUUCUGAAACAGAAUGCGUCAUUGUAACUGUACAGUUUGAUAACUGAAAGCAAAUUGCUGUUAGCUUGUAACUGUAACUGUAACUGUAACUUGUUUAAUUUUUCAGCAUCCUGAUGUGUACGAACGAGGUCUCAUCAAUAAAUCGGCCAAAAAGACAUUUACAGCGAACGUAACACACUCGUGUUUUCUUAAUAGUUGUAAUACACUCUAAAAACCCUUUGGCUCAAAUUUUCCUCUGGUUAUUUUAUCUCACUUCCUAUAUACCAUACCACUGGAAAAAAAUUGAAAAUCCAUAGAAGGUCAUAGAAUAUAAAUUGUAUGGACCUUUAUUGGAAAUAGAAUGGAUUUUGGUUAUGCAUAAUAAUUGUAUAAUUCCAUACUAUGGAUAUAGUAUCGAAAUGUAUGGAUAUACCAUGGAUUUGGGUGCAAUUGCAAAUUUCGUAGUAUGGAUUUCACCUUUUUUUUUCCAGUGUACUCUGGUAACGUAUCCAGGAAUCUGGUUAUAUUUGGCCAUGACACCCUUAUUAAAGUAUAACCAGACUAGGCUAUAUAGGUGCAUACUUAACUAUAGAGCCCUAGCGAAGUCCUUGUCAAAUGAACUAGAUUAUAGGAUACAAUAACCAGAAAAAUGAACCUCAGUGUUUUUAGAGUGUAAGGUUUAGCUGGGUAAGUGGGUGAUAUAAAUAGACUUUAUACAGGGUAUAAAAAAAGGUGCACGGUCUAAAAUGUCCACUAAACUGAAAUUUCCGCAACAUUGGGGUUUUCUGCAACCUCGUACCCACGGUACUGAGGUUGGGUCGUCUGGUAUCUCUAUCACAAAAUAUUUCUACAGAUCGGACCCUGUAGAAAUGCAGUUGGCAGAAAAUGUACUCUACCAAUCGCGAUUUUAUUUCAAGUAAUCCAAUGAGAAUUUUUUUUUGUAUCUGCGCGAACUUUCACGAAAUAGUUUCUGAUUUAUGUUAAUUAUACUAUGAACCACGGUAGCCUCCUCGCGGCCCGAAAUUUUGAAAACGAAACAAAUUCAAGCUACGCACAGGCUAAAACCACGGCACCGUGUAUUGAAUUGUAGAGUUAACCAGACAUAUAGUUCUACAAUGUGGUGCCUCGAAGCAUGCGCAAAACAGCACGUUGGCAGCUUAAACAUGUGUACCACAAGCGCGAAGACUAGCAUUUUUGAACAACUACCAAGGAUUGUGAUACUGACCAAACUAACAUACUAAAAAACUCAUGCAUACCAAAUACAAAGCAAUUUAUUCAAAAAGUGGGAACAAGCGUGUUCAGAAAUUUUUGCUAAUGGAUUAUUGAAACUUGUCAAUUGAAUUGUUUGUUGAGCGGACACCACCUUUAUCUAUUUCACUUCGCUUUCGAUUCGUAGAAAGCAACAAAUGAAACAAACAAUACUUCUGUGCGUUUUUAGGUAGACUUAUGGAGUCUUGGUGUGACAUUUUAUCACGUCGCCACUGGUAAACUGCCAUUCAGACCUUACGAGGGAAGAACGAAUCGAUUUACAAUGUAUGUAAUAUAUGCAGGGUUUUAUUGAAAUAUUUUUAAAAAUAUUUUAGCUUUCUAUACGUAUACGUAUAGAAAGCUAAAAUAUUUUUUAAAAAUAAUUUUGAAACAAAUGAAAUGUUGAAAGAUUAAAAUAAUUAACAAUUAUUAUACAAUGCCUAUACAUGCAGCUCGAUUGUGAUUGGCUAAGACCCUACACACAAUUUUCAAUGUUUUGUCACGUACUGUGUAUAACGACAUUGAAUAUUGUCUGUAGUUGACGUAAUUUUUAAUGUGGCAACUAACAAGCUUUUCUCAGCCGCCAGUUAACGUUGUCGUGUUGUUAAAAACUUUGUUUCAAAUGUUUUUUUCCAAAGAUGUUUUAAUUCUUUUUGUGAACCUUCCAUAUUCAUUUUUGUUAUCAACGGCUGUCACCAGUAAAGUUGAUCUUGUAUAUGUCGAAAUGUGUCCAUGUAUAUCGCUUCCCUACAAAACUCUCUCAAGGCUUCUGCAUUUAUAGUUGUAUAAUAAAACAAUUAUUGAAUUCGCAUGAUAUCAAGAUUCACGCAUUCGUAUUUCCACAGCAUGACGUCAUAACAUUGAAUAUGAUUUUUCAUGUCAACAUUAUGUCGUUGAUGUAUGUAGUAUUAAAGUAUUAAUUUAAAUAUACGUUAAGGCAUGAGAUAACAAGCAAGAAAGCACCAGGGAUUAUUUCUGGUAUUCAGAAAGAAGAAAAUGGACCUAUUGAAUGGAGUGACAAACUACCCGAGCACACCAGGCUGUCACAGUGAGUAACAUUCAUUAAUAUACCUUCGCUCUAAAAACUGGUUAAAAUUUGCCCUAUUUGGGUUGACUUAAUAUUCUUGGUUAAAAUUUCUGGUUAUGUUAAUCUUGUUCCUACUAUUAGUCUGGUUAAUUUGAGCAGGACGUCUUGGUUAAAUUAACCAGAUUAUGUUAUGUGACUAAAUAACCAGGGACCCAUCCACCGAACAUAUAGUCUGGUCAAAUAUGACCAGAUUCCUGGUUACAUUAACCAGACGUAGGAAUAACCGAAAAAUUUAACCAGAAAUAUUAAGUUCACCCACAUAUGUUAAUUAAUUUAACCAGAGUGUUUUUAGAUUGCAUUGUAACAAAAAUAUUAACGGCUGAAUGGAACACCAUUAGACAGAUUAUAUCGGAAUAAAACUGAAUGUCAAGUCUAGCUAUUUUCAGCAUGGUCGCGUAAUUUUGAAAACGAUUGUUGAUACAUGCAGUUUUCUAAAAAGUAUUCAUUUAAUAACCUGAAACUACGAGUUUGAAUUAGACUUUUUUUCCUAAUGGUAUCAAACGCCAAUAAACACUUAAUGCGAUGUUACACGGCCCACUUUUUAGUAACAAUUUGCAACAUGAAACAAUUUGCAACAUGAAUUAUAUUACAUGAAAUUUGAUUGAGUAGGCACUAGGCAAUGAUUUGCAUAAGCCUCUCAAAGGCUUUUUUAUUCCCGAAAACAAACCUUUGACGAAAUGUCCAACACUUGUUGUGAACCUUGCCUACUUGACAUUGGAUUUUAAUUUUUUUAUGUAUUAAUUCCUGUUGCAGAUUUUUCAUAUCAAAUUUCUUGUUGGAAUAUCUUGACUGAAACCAAUGAGCUGUCGGCCAUCUUUAAUUAAUUCUUGACCUUUAAUGACGUCUAGAGUGGGCUAGCUUUAUAAAAUGACCUCUAAGUGACCGAGUGACUCUUUUCAAUCCGAAAAAAAGCAACCAAAAACGAGUUUUGGACUCAUAUUGAUCAAUGACUGUCAAGAUAGAAAGUUUGCCUGACCCCAUGCACUUGUGACGUAACAUCCAUAUCCUCAAUAGUCCAAGAUGGCUGACAGCUAACUGUUUUCAGUCAUAAUAUUUCAAUAAUCAAGGAAAACAUGAAAAAGCUGUAGAGCUCUCUCAAAUUAGACAAACUAAGUUUUUACUGCCAAUGUCCUUUAAUGAUGCCUGAAUACUUUUAUUUUACAGAUACCUUUUUGUGUUGUUUAAAUUUACUAGCCGCCUCUAAUGUGCACCAUAAUUGAAUAUUCCAUGUUUUGUUUUUUCCUAGAGGGUUAAAAGAACACAUUGUGAAAAUUUUGGCAAAUCUUCUCGAGCCAGGGAUGAAAUUUGAUGACUUAUUUCAGGCCAUUGAAAACAUAAAAGCCAUGAAGGUAUGGUAUGAAAAAACGUACGGUUAAAUAUCUCUAGAUGAGGGCUGGAUCAGAUUUAAGUUGGACUUUUUUAUAUUUGUAUAGAUUAUACAUGUUUACAAUGCGCAGUCUGGAACUUUUCAUAUAAUCUACGCCAAUCCUGAAGACAAGUAAGUCACUAAAUUAAAAGGGAUAUGGGAAAUUUGUCUUAUUUGAAGACCCUUAUAUAUGAAGACCCUUACAACUUUUUCGUAUACCUUGCUUGGUUUUCGAAAUAUUUUGACCAAAAACAGUGUACAGCCGCCAUCUUGGUAUUAUAAUUGACCUAAUUUAAGUGAGUUUUUGAUGACGUCACAAGCAGGGUAAACUUGUUAAAACGUCUUCAUGUGGGACUAAAUUUAUUCGAAAAGUUUCUUAAAAUGUUAUGAGUUAAUAGACCUUUCCCCUUUUAAGUGAAAUUUUGAUCUAGACAAGUAUGGACAAAAAUUUCAUCACAGCUUGAAAGAGCAUAGCAAAAUUAGUAAUAUUCCGAAGUUUCGUUGCAAAAUGUUGUAAAAUGCGGAUACUAUAGCCUUGCGAAGUUUGCCGUUUUUCAGUCAUUUUGUAUUACAAACGGGAAAUUGAUAGUCAGAUGAUCAAACUGAUUAUCAAUUUCCCAUUUGUAAUACAAAAUGACUGAAAAACGGCAAAUUUCGCAGGGCUAUAUUAUCCGCAUUUUACAACAUUUCGCAACGAAACUUCGGAAUAUUACUAAUUUUGUGAUGCUCUUUCAAGCUGUGAUGAAAUUUUUGUCCAGGCUAGUCUAGAUCAAAAUUUCACUUAAAAGGGGAAAGGUCUGUUGAGUACUAAAAAGACUUCGGAAAAUCGAGUUUCAUAUUGAUAAUGACAUGAGGAUUGCAAGAUAAAAAUUUCGCUUUUUACCCUACUUGUGACGUAUGCAUAUCGAAUGUAUAUCUAAGAUGGCCGAGUGCACGCUGCUUUUGAUCAAAAUAAGUCUAUUUAUUUCGAAAACCAAGCAAGAUACGGAAUAAUUGUAAAGGAAAUUUAUAUAUCACUGGAAAAAAAUUGAAAAUCCAUAGAAGGUCAUAGAAUGGAAAUUGUGUGGACCUUUAUUGGGCAUUGAAUGACUUUUGGUUAUCCAUAAUAAUUGUAUAUUUCCAUAGUAUGGAUAUAGUAUGGAAAUAGGAUGGAUAUACUAUGGAUUCAGUGGUGCAAUUGCAUAUUUCGUAGUAUGGAUCUCACUUUUUUUCCAGUGUAUCAUUUUAAAUGAGACAAACUUAAAUUAUAUUGCAAUAUCCCUUUAAAUUGAAUGAAGGGUUUUGGGCUUCUGACUCUAUAGAACUAGUUCCAGGAGUAGUUGCGAAAAAUGCAAGUAUUAUCAUUUAUAGACCUGGAGCGAGGGGGAUUCGGCGUAAUAUUUCCCGAAGUGAUGAUAUUUUCCGAGGGGCUUUGCCCCGAGGAAAAUAUCAUCACUAAGGGAAAUAUCGCCGAAUCCCCCGAGCGGAGGGUCUAUAAAUGAUAUAUUAUACCGAAAGUUAAAGAACUCACUAAGAGUCUAUCAAGUUCAGAAUAAACUUUAAAACUUGCUGAAUAUUAAUAACUACGCGAAUACAAUUUUUAAUUUGUUAUCUAUACCUGAGUUUUUGACGUUUUCUCCUUAAGAUAUUUGAGCAAGUAUCCUUUGGAUCGUUGAAAGUAACAUACGUGUUGAAAUAUUUGGUUUACUUAAUAUUAAAAUCUCCUGUAGUUCUGUACGAGCUCGCGAACGCCAUAUUGUUUCAGAAUUCAGAGCGUGGUGUCCACGCGUCGCGCGUGAGCGUGGGAUACUAUAAUAUCCAUAAUAUCCCACGGUGGAUCUGCCGUGGGGUAUUAUAGUAUCCCACGCUGGAUUGCGAAAUCAUGAAUUUGAGUGAAAUACCGUAAAAAAUCACACUACCACGUGGUACAAAUGCUGUUUUUUCAUUGGACAAUUUGAAUUUGAGGUAUAAUAUUAGCCCUUAUAACUGAGCUACAGAGUCCAUGCAGUUGUCGAGCUCUAACCACAAGUUCAUGUAUAUAUACUGAGGUGAAUAGGUGAUGCCAAUUGUAAGGUGUAUGGCAUGCAAGUAUAUUACUAUCCCAUACAUAUUUACCCAUGCACUUUGCAUUGAUAUCACUUUGGUAUAUAUUCAUGAACUUGUGGUUAGAGCUCGACAACUGGACUCUGUAGCUGGACUCUGUAAAAAGUAUGUUUGGUGUUUUAUAUGUAAAAUAAUGCCAAAAUGAAAGAUUUUAGAUGGUAAACCAAAGAGAAAAUGAUCUCUGAAGUUCAGUACGUUUUGGUUAUAUUGUUGUAAUAAAUAUGGCGUCAAUUUUACAGCAUCAGUAAUAAUUGUAUAUUAAAAUUGACAGAAAAUUUAACUGUUAUUUUUUGUUUUCUCAACCGCCAGAUACAUUUGAAAAGGUUGCUAACUGUGUAAACUACAAAAUAAAGCUGAAACAAAGUAAUUUUGAGAAGAAUGACAAACCAUUUUCGGUUUUGAGCAGUUCAUCGGAAUGAAUGGUCGCUGUGACACUGGAGCGACACAAGUUCGGCACAUGUUCGGCAAAGCUUGUCGCAUAUUGCGAUAUUGGAGAUAUUGGAGCUAUAUUAAUUCAAACGCCGCGCCACUCAUGCAUGUGCACCAAACCUAACUCAACUUUUUUUUAAUUUGUUAAUAUUAGAUCAUAGCCGUAUUGCAAUUCAAAAGUUGAUUUAUUUGUUUCGAAAUUUAUUUAAAAUUGUCAUGCAAAUGUGCCCCAACUUUGUUAAUAGCAUAUCUUGUACGCCCUUUCAAUCAUUGCCGGCCGCGGUACAUAGUUCCGGCACAUGAAAAGUAAACGCGCCUUAUUGUAUUCUGUCUAUAUAGUUUUGCUCGUUUCCAAGAACUUGUCGCAAUCCAAACUGGCGUGAGUGCUCGACAACAAGAUCUGUUUUACAACAAUGAUACUUUCAAACCGUCGUCCAUGGUGAAUGCCUCGACAUAUCCUGAUACAACGGUAAGAUUAUGCUUCAAGAAAAUGGUGAGAUAGUUCUAAAGUGCGUAUAAAUUUACGACGUCUGCAGUAGAGGUAUGAAUCGGAUCGGCCUCUUAGAAUCCACGUUCUGAAGUUCCGAAUCCCAAUCCGAUCUGAAGCUGAAAACGUAUGAUCCAAACAGACAAUGAUUUAAUAAAUCCGAUGAUGAUGAUGAUGAUAAAUUUUGUUUAACCAUGCUAACAUUGUCAGCUAUAUAUAAAGCUGGUUUCCCCAAUGUGCGUGUAAAACAACAAAUUAUUACAGGAUGCUUGUGAUGUUACUCUGAGUGUAUAUCCAUACCGGGCAGGCUUGAUAAUAUGCCUGGCCACGGUGGGAUUCGAACCUACGACCUUUGGAAUACUAGCCCAAUGCUCUGCCAACUGACUGCUACGCGGUCAGGUCGGUUCGAGUAUGCGAUAUUUCGGAACUGAUUCUAGUUCCUUCGAUAUUAGUGUAAUCUAAUAAUCAUGAUAUUUGCUGUGAUGGUGUAGUGUACUCAGGUGAAUAAGAUGCUUGUGAUGUUACUCUGAGUGUAUAUCUACACCGGGCAGGCUUGAAAAAUAUGCCUGGCCACGGUGGGAAUCGAACCAUGUUCUUGCUGCAUUAAGUCGUAAGAUUUAAUUAUAAAUCUACAUGACCUUUGUAUAAAUGGUGCAUGGGAAUUAAAGUGAUAUGUAUGACCUGAACCAUAAUUUACUGAUGCAUUAGGACUGGUAGAUAUAUACUAGAAGUUACAGAAGUUACAGAAGCGAGCCCUUCUGAUAGAAAUUACAGAAGCGAGCCCUUCAUAUAAUCUUCCCAACGUUACCUUAUGCAGAAGCUUUGGUAGAAGCGGGAGUUGACUCAUUAUUUAAUAGAAGACAAAUCCUAACUACUAAACUAUUUAAUGAUAUUGCAAAUGACGAAAGUCAUAAGCUUUACCAAUUACUACCAAGUAAGAACUUUUCAAAUUAUAAUAUAAGGAAAGAGAACAUUUUUAACGUUUCUAUUAGUAGGACGAAUAGAUUUAAAAAUAGUUUUAUACAGCAUAAUUCUACAAUAUAUUUAAGAUAAAGUAAAUAUUUAUAUAAGGAAAGAGAACAUUUUCAACGUUUCUAUUAGUAGGACGAAUAGAUUUAAAAUAGUUUUAUACAACAUAAUUCUACAGUGUAUGUUAGAUAAAGUAAAUAUUUAUUGUAAAGUUAGAAGCGUAAUUCAACCCGUGGGUUGUAAUGUUUUUAAUUAAUUAAACUAUCUAUCUAUCUAUUCUAAGAUGUAUUGCAGUACGGACUAACAUGACCAGGCAAAAAAAUACAUCGUGCUAAUUUUUGAAAACAAAAUAUGAAAAAUUUUACUUUGUCCAUUGUCCGGGAAAAUUGAUAAAUGUCCGACCAAGUUUUGGCUUGACCGCACAUUUGUCCUUUCGGGAAAAAUAAUUAUUUGCAGGCCUGCAGUAUAUAUUACAUAUAUAACUUGAAUUAUCUACAUGUAAGAACAAAAGUAAAUUAAGCAGUUUGCAUGGACAACGGCGGGAACGCGCAUUGAAAAUGUUUUAUUACCGAGUGGAUUGCUUGCAUUUUUCUAACACGCCUAAAUAUAUUUAUAAGAUAAUAAGAAUGAUAAAAUAUAUUUACAAGAAGAGCACUGGAAACUUAUAUAUAGUUUUUCUUAUAACAUGUUUGUUUCAAAUAUUUAGGAAAAGAAGCCGAUAUUAGUACUUGGUGGGGACAGUAUACCGUCGGAGAAAAUUUGUGGACAGCUGGAACGUAUGUGUAUUAAGGCCGUUUUCCACUUCGCCCGUAUCGUACCGUAACGUACUGGUGAGCAUGCGCAGCUUGAAGAUGGGUUUUCGAAUUUACGCACUUCCGGUUGAUUCGCGUAUCAAAAUAAAAAGUUCGUCGCAAGUCAACUUUUUAGCGUACUACGGAAGUAUUAACCAAUCAACAUUCACGGAAUUUUGAAAUUUAAACUUUGUUUUGAUACGUUACGCUACUGUACGCUUGAAGUAGAAAACGGCCUUUAGAUUGUGAUUCCAUAUUGGCAUGUUGUUAUAUAGACUUGUUACAAUUCAAUUUGCACAGUAACGCAUUGUAACUUGUCUCGCAUUGUAAGCACUAAAACGAAUGAGCAAAUGGGCGAGCUUGAGCUCCUGAGUCGAAUUGUCGCACUUGCAGUAAAUUACAUCUCCUGAUUGGCGCGAAAAAUUACAUGAACUUUGAGCUCAGCCCCGCCGCUAAAUAAUACUUGUCGAUUUGUAGUAAUUAUACACUUGGCAAAUUCUCUUGGUUCAGUGAAGGAAGGCUUUCAGUAUAAACUUCCCUCUUGGAAUUAGAUAUAUCCUUGUCUUGAACAUAUGUUAGGUAAAAGCAAAAAUGGUGGAAAUUAUGAAAAACAACUCGUGGAAAUUGGGAAAACUCGAAAUUGUGCGAAAACGCUCCACAGUUUCUCGUUUUCCCAAUUUCCACUUGUGUUGAUAUAACUAUAUAUCAACACGGAAAGUGUUUUAUAUUUGUUAAAUAAAAAAUGUUUUAUAUUUGUUAAAUAUAACAUUACAAAAGUGCGUAGUUACUAUAUAAAGUUUAAGAUGAAGGCAUAUCUUUCAAAAAGUCUUUUUCGUCACUGCGUGAUAUCGGAUUCCUUGGUGACUUUUGCUUUUUAAACCGUUAGUGAAAAAGCCAAAAUUGCACAAGAGCACAAGCUUGGAGUCUUUGGAUUCGGAUGCCGUAAUAAGCAAGGUGAGAAACUGUUGUUUAUUGAUUAUUUUAAACCAUUCUUAACCCAUUGAGCGCCAGUGCAUGCUCUCCCCUUGACAAAUGGCAAGUAAAAUCGUCCGGCGUAAGACAGAGUGAAAUAAUAAUAUAGGGCGCAUUGGAGCGCAUUGCAACUUAAUGGUUUAAUUAGACACAUGGGUAGACAGUCUAAUUAACCCAUUGGGCGCCAUUGCUCAUUUCUUGAUAAGUAAAAUUGUCUGGCGUUAGAUAGAGCAAAGUUAGAACCAACACUUGUGGUGUCCUGGUCACCACGCUUGCCUUUCAAGCUGGGAGACCCGGGUUCAAUCUUUGAUUGGACCUCUACCACAGAAGAAGGUACACAGAAGGCCGACUUCUUUGUUUUUCCUAUGAUUUUGCUAUGAUUUUGGCGUAACCUGUAAUUCGUCAUCAAAUGCUGACGCCAUGGUCCUAGCCAGUGCGCGUUUGAGAGGCAUUCGCCCCCCUGAUAUUAUUCAAAAUGGCGGAUGUCCAGGGGGGGGGGGAAUGCCUCUCAAACCCGCACUGGCUAGGACCAUGGCGUCAGCAUUUUGAUGAUGAAUCAUGGCGUGGCAGCGUUACUCGAGUCGACCUUCUGUGUACCUUAUUCUGUGCCUCUACUCAAGGUCUUAAAAUAAUUGAAAAGAAAGUAUUACCUUUGCAUUGACAUUAGGAAAUGAUAAGGACGUUAAAUUCGCUGGUACCUCGGAUCCCCUAUCAAUUGGGCAAUAGCCUGUUGGGAAAUCCGCUCACCAACGAGUGAGAAAAUCAAUAAACUAAACUGUAGUAAUAAUGUAGGAUGCAUUGGGGGCGUAAUGUAACUUGAUGGGUUAAGGUUACUUCACACGAUGAACGUGCGUUUUAGUCUAUUGGACAUUGCUCAACGAAUUUUAGGUGUAACCUUACCAAAUUUUCAGUGAAGAAAGCCAGGAAAAUGCUGAUUUCGAAAAUUUUCAUUUGAUUGUUCUGUUUAAAUAUUUUCAGUAUUGGCUGACUGAGUAAUUAUGUAGGUACCUUCAUAAAAAAAUCAAAAUAUGUUUAUAGUUUACCUCAACGGUUGUCUAGAUAUCGCAAUUCAAAUCUUCAUAGGCAUGGUAAAAAAUCCGUGUUCGGAAAAUUUCUCUUCUUUAGUGGUUUUUCUGAUAUGCCCUGAUUCUUGGAUUUGUCACUGAUAAUUCACUAAGUUGUCAAAGAAAACGUCAUAUCAGAAAAACCAUUGAAGAAGAGAAAUUUUCCGCACACGUUUUUUUUACCGUACCUAUGAAGAUUCAAAUCGAUAUAUGUAGACAAACGUUGAGGUAAACUAUAAAUAUAUUUUGGGUUUUUUAUGGGAUACUUAUGUAUUUCUUUAGUCAGCCAAUACUGGACAUGUUUAAGUUAAACAGAACACCCAUCAAAUGAAGAUUUUCAAAAUCAGCAUUUUAUUGGCUUUCUUCACUAAAAAUUUGGUAAAGAUACACCUAAAAUUCGUUGCGCCAUGUUCAAUAGACUAAAACGCACGUUCAUCAUGUGAAGUAACCUUAACUUGAUUAAUCUACUCACUAUUGUUCACUUAAGGUGGUUGCUAAAAAUGUUCAUUACUGCUUGCACAAUGUGAAAAACCUGGAAUUAUCAAGAAUUUUGACUUUAGAAGCAGCAGAAAACGUCAUGUAAGGAUUUUAAUAUUUUAUUUUUCGCUAAUUAAAUACAGUAUGACUUGAUCUAUAGUAUAUAUAAUUAUCAGGCGUGACUCCCCAGUUCACAGUUAAAAGAACUGCGCAGAUUCGCAGAAUGAUUUGCAACCUGACUUCGGCACUUACAAAAUGACUUGACUUGAUUUGACUUGCUACUCGGAGUCAAUGACUUAUGACUUCUUGACUUGGACUCAGACUAAAUGACUUGUGUCUUGACUUGCUGUCGGACUAAAUGGCUUGUGACUUGACUUGACUUGGACUCAGACUAAAUGACUUAUGACUUCUUGACUUGGGCACAGUCAUUUAGUGACUUUUGACUUGAUUUGGACUUGCAAAAUAAGACUUGUUAAAACCUCUGGAUUAAUAAGGAGUGAAAUAAAAACACGUACUAUUGUUUAUUAGUGCUCUAGAUAUUAAAUCAUGCACUCUUUAGCUUCUUGCCAUUGUCUGUCGCUGCGCGGUUUGCCACCCAAAAAUGACGAACAAGGGUUGGUUGCAUGGCGUAACCGCAAUCUAUUUUAAAGAUUUGAAUUUUAUAAACAUUUUAGCACACUGUUGAAAAGAAAAGCAAGGAAAUACUUGGACGAUGCCAAAGCAAUUGAAAGUCACUGCCAGAGCAUAGUAAUGAAACACCACGCUUGCCUAAAUGGGUAAGUGUUACCAGGACUACAAAUUAUUAUCGGACACCAGAUUAAAUUGUGGCAAUUGUCCGACCAAGUUUUGAUUGGACGUAUAUAAUGUCCGUCGGAAUAAAAUAUAUUCUUUGUAUUCUAAAAGCUCCCUCACACUCAAUGAGUUUCAAUAAGUGCAACUCACCACCCAUUUAGCCUCCAUUCAUUUUCACUGAGUACGAUACUUACACUCAACAUCCAACCAUUCAUUGACAGUGCUCGCCUUCAACUUGGGGCCUGAAUUUGAGUAAAGCUUUAGUGAACGAUAUACGUCCCUUGAGCUGCACUCUCUUGUGCUUGGGUACAACUGACUGUAGAAAUAUGUAAAUGCUAUGAUUUUUAAACAUGUUAAUCCACCGGCAACACUAACAAGAAACGACAAGGGCUACUCAGACAAGUCGCACUCGAGUGAACUCUAUCGCCUGUAUUAGGCCGUUUGCUGUGACCUCGAAAAGUGCCUAGAAAACGAUUUUCAUUAAGCAUGUCUUGGAACUGAAAUAUUUUAUGGGAACUAACACUUUAGAACUCGCUGAGUUCAAAUCCGAAAACUUCCCGCACCGUCGACCUGCAGUUUUCUCACAAACUGCGAUUUUAUCUUCACUAAUUUCACGACAAAUGUUUUCAUUGUUCAACGACAUGCACGGAUGGAUGAAGACACACGAUUGCAUAACUCAAAAAUGACAAAAUGACUAAUUCCUAUGAACCAGUCUCUGCAUUGAACAAAAGACCGUUUUGCAUGGAUCAUUUUGAGUUAUGUAAUUUUAAGCGCGUUGGACGUAAACAACAUAAUUAUCUUGUCUACACCUUUGGGAAGGUACCGCGAUAUCGUUUUGUAAAAUCCUCAGUUCUGGCUGUAUCUCUAUAAAAUCACAAGGACCGUCAAUGUUAAGUCAUUGGGCUAUGUUUCUGGGAUGAGAAAUUAUAAUUCCUUACAUGCAAUCAAAAUGUUUUAUACAACGAUGUAAAACGGUAAUCUUAUGGAAUGGGUCAGCAUUUCCAUUUCCAACACAGUUUCUGAGAUGUAAUUCAAGAGGUAACUUAUCAUUGCAUUGAACUUAUAUUAAAUCAGUUAAUUUUUGGUGUUAUCCUGUGCGAUAAGCGAAUAUUAUUGGAAAGAGGGCUGCCAUAUACGUUAAAAUAACCAAAUAUAAACAGCUUAUCCACAUAUUUCUCCACUUCGUCGUAGGUUUACAGAGCAGACUUUAUACUUUGGCACUGAUCUUUGUCUUUGAUGUGAACAUUUAUUCUUCUAGUUUAAGGUUAUUUAUAAGAUUGAUACUGUCGCAAGUCUUCUACCAGCAAUCAAUCGACAACAUUUCAUUUUAACGUUGUCUUUGCCGUUACGUUGGCUUUGCAUUACUUUUGUUUUAAAUACCUUGAUCGCGUUAAAUUAGUUAUUUUUCAGGCCAGUGACAUAGCCAAAAGACUUAGCAUUAACUUCCUUGUGAUUUUACAGAGAUAUCGCUAGAAAUGAACAUUUAGAAGGCGUUAUCUGUACCUUCUCAAAGUUGUAUGUUGUUUACUUUACGUUCAACACGCAUAAGAUUACACAACUCAAAAUGAUUCAAGCAAAACGGUCUUUGGUUAAACGGAAGACUGGUUAAUAGAAAUUGGUCGUUUUGAAUGAUAUAAUCGUGUGUCGUCAUCGAUCCGUGUCGUUGAACAAUGAAAAAAUUUGUUGUGAAAUUAGGCGAAGAUAAAAUAGCAGUUUGUGAGAAAACUGCGGGUCUACGGUGCGGGAAGUUUUCGUAUUUGGACUUAGCGUGUUCGAAAGUGUUAGUUCCCAUAAAAAUAUUUCAGUUCCAAGACAUGCUUAAUGAAAGUGAACGAUAACGGGACGCAGCAAACGGCCUAUAUUCUAAAAGCUCACUCACACUCAAUGUGUUGAGGUUAAAUCCGAGCUUCCCUUGAGUGUCAAUACUGUUUUUGAACAGCAUUGACACUCAAGGGAAGCUCAGAUUUAACCUCCACUCAUUGAGUGUGAGUGAUUUUUUAGCAUACAGGUGUAUGAAUACAAAUGAACAAGAGUGAGUGCUCCCUCAUACAGUGAGUGGAGCGUUAGACUAAUAUCUCACUCAACACUCGCACUUCAAUCCCUCUUGAGGUUACGACACUUGAAUUUUACUUAAUUAAUGGUGAGUGUGAGUGAUCUUUUGGAAUACAGGUGAUUGUCUGAUGAGUGGUCAAGAGGAAACUCUGUUAUGAUUAUCACCUUUGCAAUUUAUCGUUUAGUAUGUUAAUACUGACUACAAUUCCUAUUUAAUUACUUUUCAAUUUGCUUUUAAGCAAGGAAAACUUUUCCCUUUUCUAAAUUUUAAACUAAAUUUAGGACUACUGUAUUAAAGUAAAUUUACUGUUUAAAAGCACGUUGUAUAGUACUAUUUAUCAAGGGCCGAGUUUGGUCAAAACCAUCUGCGACACUCUGUUAAAACAUUCUUCUGUGUUUUUUUUUUGAACGACAAAAUUCAAGAAUCAACAUUGAACGUUGGUUGUAAGGGGGAGUUUUUUAAAUUAGCGAUAAUAUUACGAAGUUUAGUCAAAUAAUUGGAAGUGUCGCAGAUGUUUUGUCCAAGAUUCUAGUAAUAAACGUGCUAUAUAUAUUGGUACAGGUCUAUACGGUUUCGAUUGCAACUUGGAAAAAGCAUGCACGAUUGAGUUUUUCAAAGAAAUUCGACAUUUUCGAAAAACUCAUGAGUGUAUGUUUUUUCAAUUACUUACUAACACCUGUGUACUCACCUAUUGUUUUCAUCAUGCUUGUUAGCAAACGUUUUCAAUUCCAGGCUCUGCAUGCUCUUGUAAAUUUCACAGUAGAAAUUGCUUUGCAUUGAAUAAUUUUUUAAUGUAUAUUAUCAUAACUGGAAUUGAAAAAUUGUAAAUUUCAACGGUUCUUCAUUUCAGAUGUAAUUUUGAGAAAGAGGUAAUGCAGUUGUUGGGUAAUGACGAAGAUAUACCCAAAGGUAAGUUGGCGUUUCAGACACGUCGGCGGGCUCUAUAUAUCUGGAGUUUCUGCAGCCCAAAUGUCAGUCAUUCGACCAAGGAGAAAAGCGAAGCUAUAUAAGAUGGCGGAAAUUGACGUCUUUGUUAUACCUAUGAUUUGUAAACAGUUUUAAUACCAUUUUCCUGUUGACUGAAAAUGCAAAAUUUAAAGUUUGCUUUCCACAAAAAUAAACUAUACCAUUAUAUUUAAUUAUAUAAGUAGGUAUAUAAGCCAUUUAAGCGAGUAGUGCAAAUUUUCAAGGCGGGUUUGAGUUAAAGGAACUAAUAGCCCAUUUUCUUCAUUUUUGAGCGUUGAAAGCUCACAAUCUGCUACGAGAAUCACACUACUCGCUCAAAUCACGGUUAAUAGGACUGCUUAAAUGUCUUAAUAAUCUGUCUUAAUAAUAUAUAUAUAUAUAUAUAUAUAUACUUUCUUGCGAACUUUCUAAGGGUAUAGUUUAUUUUUUGUUAAACUUGAAAUUUUGCAUUUUUAUCAUCAUAGUGCUUUUUAUAGGCAAAAUUUUAAAAUUCUCAAAAUUUCGGUUAUAAAGCUAAAUCAGAGUUGCCUAUAUAGUCCUUGUUCAUUAUUUUCCAUACUCUACGAAAAUGUCAGUUGGCAGCUUGUAACAAAAAAUUCCAUCCAACUAAUUUUGUUGCAUGCGCAUUUUCACGUGAGAAAAAAGUUUGGUCUAAGCAAUUUUGGAGAUUUGACUAGAGACAACAUUUUUGUUUAAUAAUUUUAUUAUUAUCUUUAUUAGAAAUCGUCGCCGAGCUAGAUAUUCUGGUUAGGGAAACAGACACUUUCAAGAAAAAUAUGGAUAAGGUAGCUCUAUCAUUUGUAACUAUAUUCCCCUAGAACAUACUGUACUUUAUCUGUCCAGUGUUAUUAAAGGAUGAAUACUAUAGACAUAGACAUUUUAUUUGAACCCACUUAUUACAUUAGUUUUACAUUACAUUAAUUUUUUGACAUGACAUGGGUUCCGUCUGCCCGAAAUAACCAUUAAGGGGCUAGAUGAAUCAGGCAGACGUGUUACACACAACGCUUGACAAACAGAUAUAACGAAGCUUAAUAUAUAAAGUAGUCAAUUUACAUAAAUAUUUUACUCAAUUUAGCAGAACCACAGAGAGAAGCAAAACACCAUAUAAUUAUGAAAUUAUUAUUAAAAUUUAGAAUGUUUUAGCAAAAUCAAUAAUUAAAAAUAAUGAAAGCAAUUCAACAAUUCGAUUCAACAAUUCGAUACAUAAAUGAACAGAGCAAUAGGCUAAUAUGAAUAAAAAAACAUUUCCUUAAGUUUACUUUUUAGAUUAAAAACUGACAAUUUUUUAUCGGCCUCAUCAAGGGAAUUCCAUAUCUUAACACCCUGGUAUCUAAUAUUAAAAAUUCCAUAAUUAGUUCUUGUUUUUGGCAAAGAAUACGACUGCCUUGAUGCUAACCUCGUAUUAUAAGUAUGUAAUUCUUUGACUGGAGUGAAAAGAUUAUUAAAGAUAGGUGGUAAUUCCUCGUGAUAAUAAUCAUGCAUAAACAUCGUGGCAUGUAGAGUGAAAAGAUCAUGUAAUUUAAUUAUUUUUAGAGAUUUCAAUAUUGGUGUGGAAUGAGCAUCAAAUUUAGAAAAGUUAAUUAUACGCAAAGCCUUUUUCUGUAAAAUAAAUAAAGGUCGCAAAGAUGUAGGAUAUGUCAUACCCCAAGAUAUUAUACCAUAAAUGAGAAAAGGGUGAAUUAGAGCAUAAUAUAACUUUAUCAAGGUAUUCAGGUUGGUAAAAUAACGAAUUUGAGAGAGUAGACCGAUACUUCGGUACAGAGUAGACCGAUACUUUGGUACGAAAGCCAAAUUGCUUUUCGUAUAGAAUAUUUUUACGGUGGAGAAAAUGAAGAAGUCUUUUAUACAUGAGUUUCUCUAGUAACUUAUUAAAUAUUGAUAAAAGUGAAAUAGGUCGAUAAUUAUUCAGCAAACUAUGCGACCCUUUUUUAAAAACUGGGAUAACACGAGCUAUUUUAAAUUUAUCAGGAACUAUUCCUUCAGAUAUAGAGGCAUUAAAUAUUAUUUCUAAUGGUUUGCAUAUAACAUGUUUUAAAAUUUUCAUUGCCUUAAUUGGUAUGCUAAAUGGUCCGGAAGCCUUUCCAUUUUUUAAACUUGUUAUUUCAUUUUCAAUCUCUAUAGUUGUUACCGGAAAAAUAUAAAAACUAUCAUGAUCUGUUUCAUCUAAAUAAUCUAUUGGUGAUUUAUUUACAUUUGGUAUGGAACUUGAGAGGUUACUACCGAUAUUUGCAAAAUACUUUGAAAAUGAAUUAGCUAUUUCUUUUGAAUCAACUAUUUCACAAUUAUCAUCUUUAAUUUUAGUUGGAACUAAAUGGGCUUUUGGCUUCAGUUGAAUAAUUUCUUUGAAUCCUUUCCAUAUUAAUUUACUAUUAUGCAAAUUUGUAUCAAAAUAGCUAUUAUAAUAUUGACGUUUUGCAAUACGCAAAAGAUGAUUUAUUUUAUUUCGAUAAAAUUUAAACCUAUUAUAAUAAUACAUUGAUUUGGUUUUUAGAUAUUUUUUAUGGAGUUUAUUUUUUACCUUGAUGGAAUUCUUAAUUCCCCUUGUUAUCCAAGGCUUAGACUGAACAUUUAUCUGUCUUUUAGACAAUUGUUUAAUUGGUAUAUGUGAAUCUACAAUUUGAGUGAUUUGCUCAUAAAAUAAAUCAAAUAAAUCUGAAGGAUUUUGGUUAUUAUAUGAUAGUAAAGCAGUCCAAUUAACUGACUGAACUUCAGCAAUCAAAGCUGUGUCAUCAAGUCGAGAAUAGUCUCUCUUAUACAUCUUAACAUUUGUUGGCAAAUUUGAAAAUUUAUGAAUAAUUAAAAAAUUAGGCAGAUGGUCAGAAAGAUCAUAAAUUAAAUUACCACUAAUGGUAAAAUGAUCAAGUGAGUUAAAAAAUAUAUUGUCAAUUAAAGUUGCAGUAUGAUCAGUUAUUCGUGUUGGUUGCAAAAUGUACGGUUGAAAAAAUAAGGUGGUUAGCAUAUUAAUAAAUUCAUCAGUUCCAGAGUGAGAAUCAAAAUUUAAAAUAUUUAAAUUAAAAUCACCCAUAAUCAUACAGUACUUAUUCUCCCUGUGGAUCCGAUCAAGAGUUGAAUUCAGAUAAUCCAAAAAUAUAUUAACAUUGGCAGUAGGAUGUCGGUAAAUGAUUCCACAUAAAAUAUUAUGCUGGCCAUCAAUUGGUAUCUCAACCCACAAAGCUUCAAAUUCCGAGACUGAAACAGUUAAUUCCUCACGAACAAUACUAUUGAUAGUCUGCUUAAUAUAAAAUCCCACACCACCAGCGUUUGAAUGACUAGGCUGAGACACAAAACGAUAGCCAUUUAAAUCCAGAUUUAGCAAAGAACACUCAUUAAAUCUCAAUUUUGUUUCAGACAGGCCAAUUAUGGAAAAUGGGAAAUUCAAUAGAGAUAACAUAUGUGAUAAUUUAUCAUGAUUUGCAGACAAACUCCUUAUAUUGCAAUUUAAAGCAGAAAAAGAAUUUUUAUUCGAAAAACAUUCGGCUAUAUCAUUAUUAUUGCGGAACUCAUCAACGCCAUAAUAAUUAAAAUUGACAUCAUGCAACAUGUGGCAAUCAAUAUCUGAGUUUGUCAAAUGAGAAGCAUUUGUAGCUACAGAGCUAGAUACAAAACCAGGCAACAAGCUAUAUUGCUCGAUUCUACUUUCCAUGCUAGUAGACAUUACCUCAAUAUUCAAUUAAAUAAACACUUAUCUAAUAAAUAAUAGAUAAUAGCACAACAAUUCACUGGUAAAUAUCACUCCCUCAAAUGCUGAAUGUCACGCUGAUUUUUAAUGUUGAUGACAGGACUAAGUUCAUUUCUUCGUAAAUAUAUAUUCCCAUUGUACGUCCAAAUGAAUAUAUAUUGGUAUUCCUUCUUCAAAUUGUAAGCCAUAUUGAACAAAACUUUAUUUCUUUUGGUCAGACUUUCCAUAAUAAAAAUUUUCUGCUCGAUUACAUAUCCAAGAUCUUUUGUGGUUAAUCUAUUAAGCUUCUUACGAGCUUUAUAUAAUUUCUCUUUCGUCUCACGCCGUGUAAAUUUCACAAUAAUUGGUGGUGAAUUCUUGCUUUUCCCUUUAUAAGAAACGUUGGGUUUCAGCCGAUGACUUGUGGAUAUAUCUAUAUCCGUAAUAUCAACAUCGAUCGCCUUUGCAAUGUCCUUUAUAAUACUAUUAGUAUUUUUCUGAUCAUUCAAGCAUGGUAUCCCACGGAUUUCGAGACAUUCACGUCUGAUAUAUUGCUCCAUAUCGUCUUGCGAUUUCAUUAUUUCUUGCAAUUUGUUUGUAGCUCUUUGAAGUUCAUUAUUCAGAGCUUUAUUUUCAUUAACAAGAGACUUCUUUUCUUCUUCAAACUUCGACAACUUGACUAAUAUUUGUUCAUAUUUUUCAUUUAUGAACGACAUUGAACUGAUUGCCUCAUCAAUUUUCUUAUUUAAUGGCUCUAAUUUUUGGUCAAAAAUAGUAUUUAAAACUUCUGCUGUGAUAACUGACAUAAUUGAGACAAAAUAAACUUCAAAUAACAUAAAUACAACGAAAUAUUAACGAAAUAUAACAUAAAAAAUACAGAGCUUACAAAGCUCCGCCAUCUUAGUUGACCACGUGUGAUGGUCAGUUGACCACGUGUAAUAAGCUAUUCUGGAUAACUCUAUCAGUUUUGACUGUUCUCCCAAGAACUCCACUGAGGGGGAAGUCCACAGUGCAUGUGUUAAGAACCACCAACGUGAAAUUUAGGCAAUUAAUCGCCCAAAAUAGGCAUAGACUUGCAGAUUUUGGCAGAUAUAUGCUUGAUUUAAUACAAAAGCAAAAACAUAAUCUGUUGUUUGGUACUCAACGUCGACGAGGAUGCAUUUCAGCACUAUUAGUGUUUUUUCUGUCAUCAGCUAAUCAGCUUUCUAAUUAAGGAAACAAAUAAUUUAAAACACUAAACCAGGAACAGUCUUAUUUUCGCCUAGAAAUAAGAGCCAGUUAAGAACUAACUCAAUCAUAUUUUUGCUUGAAACGAUCGUAGAGAAACCGGCGAUAUUUUUAACUAUUUCAUUCUCGCUUGCAAAUGGGAAAAGUGGGUUUGAAGUAUGAUCCGUUUGAGCAAUGCUUUCCCCAACCAUGCUUGCUUGUUUGUGAAGUUCUUUCCUAUCAUUUCAAGUCAACAUAUUAUAAACACCAUCACACUUUAUAGCCAAUGAAAAUUGUUAUGCGCAUUUGAUUAUAUGCUAUAACAUGUUCAAACACUCAUUAGUAAUUCAUAAGCUUAUUGGCAAAUCAUGUCAACCAUAAUAUGUCACGUGCAGUGGCUUUAAACCUGAUAAAACACUCCUAAUUAGUAUUCUUUAUAUACAGAAUACUAAUCAGGCACUAUCUAUUGUUGUCGUGUCCUCAUUGCCCUCAUUAGUAUUUUUUAUGUAAAGAAUACUAAUAAGGCGGUAUAUCUAUUGAAUUUGUAGUCGUGUUUGAAGCCGUUUUCGCGCUCGUGUCUUUAAACCUAAUAAAACACUCCUGCUCGUUUAUCAAACAGUACUUAAAUUGCGCAAUAUUAAGUAUUAUUAUUAUUAUUAUUAUUGAUUUAGACAAAUAUGAUAGCGAUAACAAAUUUAUUAAAGAACGACGUUUCGAAGUCAUCUUGACCUCAUUUUCAAGUUCAAAUUAUAACAGAAAACGAUUAAAUUAAUAUAAAUAGCGUUUAUUAAUUUAAUCGUUUUCUGUUAUAAUUUGAACUUGAAAUUGAGGUCAAGAUGACUUCGAAACGUCGUUCUUUAAUAAAUUUGUUAUCGCUAUCAUAUUUGUCUGAAUCUAUAUCAAAAAGUUUAUUGAUAAAAACUAUUAUUAUUUGUGUAAAGUAAAUGAAAUCUGCCCUGCAUAGUUAGGGAAUACAGGUGAAAUGUAUUGCUUGUCAGGAUUAUCUUCAUUAAAUUACGUUUUAAAAAUUAUUAUUAUUAUUCUGAACCCUAUAUAACGAAUAUCCGGUCGGGUAUUUUUCAACUAUCCAACAUAUCCGGUUUCCAGCCUAAUCAUAUAGAGGGCAAAGUACAAAUUUAUUGGUUGGAAUUGGAAGAUAUAGAGACGUACGAGGUUCAAGAACUUGACAAGUUCACAAUUAACUUACGAAUAAAUUUUGCCCUCUAUGAUUAACAAGUAAUCGCACAGUUCCUCGUUAAUUUCACUUGUGUUGUCGAGGUUUCACAAAUUGCCCUCGUCGCGAUUAAUUUUACUCGACCCCAUGCGAUUACCUAUACUAAUAAUAUACAUGAAAAAUAUUCUCAAUUCUGAUUGGCUGAGAGCAGUGCAAUUUCUUCGAAAUACAGUGCCAAAAAAGUGAAAUACAUGCAGUGCAAAAAAAUGAAAUACAGUGUCAGUGCAAAUUAAUUUUCUUAAUUUCUAAAUGUGACUUACGCACGUGACUGCAUAUUUUUUUCAUGUAUAUUAUUAGUAAGUUAUGGUAUGGUUUUUCGUGCAAUUUGAAAAAAACAUACACUCGUGAGUUUUUCAAAUAAUUCAAAUUCACUCGUCUUUCGGACUGGUGCAAUUUUGAUAGUCUAUCUAUUUAUCUAGGGGUACAAUCUCGGUUUAAUACAAACGCAAUAUGCACCUCUACGGCUCUACCCCAUGCCACCAAUAUGCACCUCUAUACACCAUAUCAUUAAAUGUACUGGAUUCUUUGAGUAUAUAAUAUAUCGCUAGAUUCCGUAAAAAAAAUACUUUACAUCUAAUUUUCCAGCUUCAAGAAGCAAUGGCUACACCGAUGGAGAACUUACGUACGACUGCGCAAACUCUGCUACAUGAUGGCGAACUGGCGAAAAAAUGGAAGGAUAUGAACGCAGAUGAAAAACCCGAAAACUAG